AUGAGCGCCGAGAAUCGAGUUUGCGCUCUCCUUUCCGGCUUUCCGCCCAAACAGCCGUCGGGCGUCCCACGGCCGCCGCCCCUGCCGGAGAUACGCGUAGCCGGGAGUUAAGGGGUACGUCAUACAUACCCAUAGCCCGACGCCCCGACCCGAUUGAUUCAGGCGCGCCAUCGCCUGUUUUACGCCCCGAGCUAUUCGCGUUGUCUGUUUGUUAGCCUCCACCCCCCCUACUAUCCGCAUCCUUCAUCCCAGUAGUUGAUGAGUCCUCAAAUGCUGUUAUUGGAAACAUCUUAAGUUAGAGUAAGUUGCUGAAACUAUGGAAGAGGUUCAAAACUGUGUGAUGAAGCUGCGGAGCAAUCCAAGGCGGCACAGGGAUAAAGUGUAUGUUGGCUGUGGGGCUGGAUUUGGUGGAGACAGGCUAAUGGCUGCUUAUAAGUUGCUGCAGAGAGUCAAGGAGCUUAAUUACCUAGUUCUCGAGUGUUUGGCAGAGCGAACUCUGGCGGAUCGAUACCGAAUUAUGGUGUCAGGAGGCAAAGGCUACGAUCCUCGGGUCAAAGAGUGGAUGUCUUUGCUUCUACCCUUGGCUUUUGAACGGAAAGUUUGCAUCAUAACUAACAUGGGGGCAAUGGAUCCUCUUGGAGCACAGAAAGAAGUACUGAACCUGGCAUCUGUCUUGGGACUGGAGAUAACAGUUGCCGUAGCUUAUGAAUCAUCCUUUGAAACUCAAGGAAGCCCUGUAUUGUCCGAUGAAUCAACAGGAGGGAGAGGGGGAUGUAGCACAUAUCUUGGGGCAGCUUCAAUUGUACAUUGCUUGGAAAACUAUAAACCACAUGUUGUCAUUACUUCACGGGUUGCUGAUGCUUCACUCUUCUUAGCACCUAUGAUCUAUGAAUUAGGUUGGAAUUGGAAUGACACACAGUUGGCACAAGGAACAUUAGCAAGCCAUCUUCUAGAGUGUGGCUGCCAACUCACUGGAGGAUAUUUCAUGCACCCUGGAGAUGCAUACAGGGAUUUUCCUUUUGAACAACUUCUGGAUUUGUCUCUCCCAUUUGCCGAAGUUAGUUGCAGAGGAGAAGUCAUUGUCAGUAAGGUAGAUGGCAGUGGAGGCCUUUUGAGCCCCCAUACAUGUGCUGAACAGCUUCUUUAUGAAGUUGGAGAUCCUGCAAACUACAUAACUCCUGAUAUGGUUGUAGAUUUCUGUAAUGUACAGUUCCAUCAAAUAUCAAAAGACAAGGUCAGCUGUGAUGGAGCAAAACCUUCUAAUGCUUGUUGCCCUGAGAAACUCCUGCAAUUAUCUCCUACUGAAAGUGGAUGGAAAGGCUGGGGAGAGAUCUCAUAUGGGGGGCAUCAAUGUUUAAAGCGUGCCCAGGCAGCAGAAUACCUUGUAAGGUCGUGGAUAGGUGAAAGGUACCCAGGCAUUAAUGAAAAAAUUGUCUCAUAUGUCAUGGGCUAUGAUAGUUUGAAAGCUAUUGGAGGUGAUGAGGAUAGUUACUUGGCCAAGCAAGUAUUGGAUGUAAGGCUUCGGAUGGAUGGUCUCUUCGAGCUUGAAGAGCAUGCUGUUCAGUUUGUCGAAGAAUUUAUUGCUCUAUAUACAAAUGGUCCAGCUGGUGGCGGUGGAAUCAGCACUGGACACAGGAAGGAAAUUAUUCUGCAAAAGAUGCUGGUUGAUCGGGAAAACAUCUUUUGGCGAUCGCAUGCAAAGAAGGCGAGCAUUCCCUGCCUGCAUAAUCAAGCUACAUAUUCUGAAACAGGUCAGGCACGUAUUUCACAAGCGCAACGAAACCCAACAUGUCGUACAAUGGCCAUUCAACACUUUGAAGCAAGCACGGAGACCCCAGCAUCCCCUGCUCCAGCUUUACCUGGGAAAAGGGUCGCUCUCUACCAUGUGGCUCACAGCAGGGCCGGUGACAAGGGGAAUGAUAUGAACUUCUCUGUCAUUCCUCACUCCCCUGCUGACAUCGGCCGGCUCAGGUCCGUAAUAACUCCGGAUUGGGUGAAGAACGCUGUGUCACCUCUGCUUGGUUCGUCUUCGUUUCCUGACGAGCGAGAUGUUCAGCAUCGAAACAAGCUGCUUGAGCUUGUCACCGUGGAAAUUUACUACGUCCCGGGCAUAAGCUCCCUGAAUGUUGUGGUGAGGAAUAUCCUGGAUGGUGGCGUCAACUGCUCGAGGAGGAUAGAUCGGCAUGGAAAGACCUUGUCAGAUGUCAUAUUGUGCCAACAAGUUAUCCUACCGCCAUGAUUGUCAAUAUUCUUAUCCGUAUUCGAAUUAAAAUAUGGUAAAUAGUAUCUGUAUUCGAACCAAAAUAUGGUAAAUAGUGACAUCCGAAUUUGUAUCCGUGCGUAUUUGAUCCGAAUACAUCUCUAUUAAUUGACUACAGUACCCACUAUAAACUUAUGUGUAUUAAUAUUAUUAAGGUUUGUUUUUUA